AUGUCCCACCAGCCCCCGGCUGUGGCCACAUGUGAAUCAGCAGCUCGGUCUCGGCCCCCGCAGGUGCAGCACGCCAGCAAGCAGAUUGCCGCCGACAAGCAGUACAAGGGCAUCAUCGACUGCGUGGUGCGCAUCCCCCGGGAGCAGGGCGUCCUCUCCUUCUGGCGCGGCAACCUGGCCAACGUGAUCCGGUACUUCCCCACCCAGGCCCUCAACUUCGCCUUCAAGGAUAAGUACAAGCAGAUCUUCCUGGGUGGCGUGGACAAGCGAACCCAGUUCUGGCGGUACUUCGCCGGUAACCUGGCGUCCGGGGGUGCCGCCGGCGCUACCUCUCUGUGCUUCGUCUACCCCCUUGACUUUGCCCGAACCCGCCUGGCAGCAGACGUGGGUAAAGCCGGGGCCGACCGGGAGUUCAGCGGGCUCGGUGACUGCCUGGUCAAAAUCUUCCGGUCAGAUGGCCUCAGGGGCCUGUACCAGGGCUUCAAUGUCUCUGUCCAGGGCAUCAUCAUCUACAGAGCUGCCUACUUUGGCAUCUAUGACACCGCAAAAGGAAUGCUUCCAGACCCAAAGAACACCCACAUCGUUGUCAGCUGGAUGAUCGCUCAGACCGUUACUGCUGUUGCCGGUUUGACCUCCUACCCUUUUGAUACGGUUCGUCGUCGCAUGAUGAUGCAGUCUGGCCGUAAAGGAACUGACAUAAUGUACACCGGCACUAUUGACUGCUGGCGGAAGAUUGCCCGGGAUGAGGGCUCCAAGGCGUUUUUCAAAGGUGCAUGGUCAAAUGUACUCCGAGGAAUGGGUGGUGCUUUUGUCUUAGUCCUGUAUGAUGAAAUCAAGAAGUACACAUAAGUUAUUUCCCGUUGUGAACUGGCAUGUUGUAAUAUGUAAUUGUGGACUUGUAUGAAAACCGUCUAGUUACUAAAAAUGACGGCUGUUAUUUAUACAGGUUGGCAUGGGGCAGGGGUAACUGCCUGCCCUGUCUUUAAGUCAUUCCCCCUGAUGGGACUCGAACAUGGUUUCUAUUUCAGUCACUUCUGCUUAAAGCGUACAAAGAAAUAAAAAUCUAAAACCAACUUU